AAAGCCUUUUUAUUCAAUUUCAAUUAGUUGUUUCUUCUUUAGUUUCUUAAUUGUUGGACUAUGAAGAUGUUGUAUUGAGUUAUCUUAAGAUACUAAUCCUAGUGUAAUUAGUGUUAAGCUGUGCCUUAACUAAAAUUUGAACGAGCUGCAACCAAGUAAAGUGAUUUAUGGGGUUACCGACGGUCCACUAGGAGAAGCACCAUGGUUCUGGAUAAUCACCUUCAAUCAAAUUAUUGCGCCCAAGCAAAGUGUACUAUAUUCUGUUUUUUUUCUAAAGAGGUUACGGUAUCAACUUUUUGGCCCCGUGAAAAAGAAAAUUAUUGCGUAGUAUUUGGUUUUCCAUUUCUAUAAAACCUAGCUAAUUUCUGUGGCUCUAAUACCAUAAUCUAUUUCAAAAACAGAUCUGAGUUAUAUACACUCUAUUUUCUUUGCUCAUUCAUCCAUUUCUUUUCCUUUCCUAAUUAUCAUUCUUCAUUAUUAUCAUAUCUGUAUGGAUGCAUUACUUGUUAACGGUGUUACCGAGUUACUGAAAACUUUAGGUCCUGUUGUUACUCAACAGAUCAGUAAUGCUUUGGGUGGCACAGAUGAACUGGAAAAACUUAAAAGAGAUUUGGAGACGAUUGCGGCUGUAACAACUGAUGCUGAGAACAACAAAUCUCAGGCUGCUGGACAUUGGCUAAAAAGGCUCAGGGCUGUUGCCUAUGAUGCUGAAAAGGUUCUGGAGGCCUAUUCUUGGGAAGCCAUGCGUCGAUCUGAAAUGAAUGAGGUACGAAAAUCAAUUUCAGCUGCCAAAUCUAAUUUGAAGUUGGGUCUUAAAAUGAAGAAUAUUAACAAGAGCCUAGAUGAGAUUUCUAUUGACAUGGCAAAGUUUCAGUUUCAAAUUUGUACUCCUGAAGUUAGCACUUAUUAUCAGAAAACUGUGCACCAAAACCGACUGAUAUCAUCUGUUGUAGAUGAAUCAAGUGUCCUAGGAAGAGAUGAUGAUAAAUCAAACAUCAUAAAGAUGUUAACUACACCUCCCACAUCAUCAUCAGCAUCCUCUUCAUCUUCUUUAAAUCCUUGUCAACAAGAAAAAGUUUCUGUGAUAUCCAUAGUGGGCAUGGGUGGGUUAGGAAAAACUACACUUGCUCAUUUGGUCUACGAAGAUGACUCGAUAAUGAGUACCUUUAAGACUAGAGCUUGGGUUUGUGUGUCUGAUGUUUUUGAUAUCAAAAAAAUAUCUACAGACAUAUAUGAGUCAGUUACGAAUAACAAGUGUGAAGAGUUUUCAAAUCUUGCUGUCCUCAUUAGUAAAUUUCAACAAGAGUUAAACAACAAGAAAUAUUUCUUAGUACUGGAUGAUGUUUGGACCGAAGAUCCAAAGGACUGGUAUAAACUUAGAGAUCUGCUAAUGGUGGGUGCUCAUGGGAGUAAGGUGUUAGUCACUACACGUAGUAAAAAUGUUGCGUCUAUUGUCGGAGGUGCUGUCCCACCAUACAUGUUAGAAAACCUACCCCAUAGUGUUUGUUGGUCUAUCAUCAAGACAAAAUCUUUUUCUAUAGGUGGGGCAAUGGUGACUCCAAGAAUGACAUCCAUAGGAGAGGAGAUUGCAAGAAAAUGUGGUGGUUUACCACUUGCUGCGAAUGUUCUAGGGAGUCUUAUGUAUUUGCAUAAAACCGAGAAUGAUUGGUUGUCAAUUAGAGACGACGUUAGUUUGCGUUCGGUAGAUGCAUCAACCCAAAUCAUAUCAAUACUAAAACUGAGUUAUGAUAAAUUACCCUCUCAUUUGAAACUUUGUUUUUCCUAUUGCUCUUUAUUCCCAAAGGAUUGGAAGAUUAGUAGGGAAAUUUUAGUUCGUUUGUGGAUGGCUGAAGGGUUCCUUGAUGCUUCUCAUAUAGGAAAUCAGAUACCACCAGAAGAUGUUGGUAAUGAAUACUUCCAUACUUUACUGGCUAAUUCUUUUUUUCAAGACGUGACGAAGAAUGAGUUAGGCGACAUCAAAACGUGCAAGAUGCAUGAUCUGGUACAUGAUCUUGCUCAGAGGGUCAAUAGCGUGCAUGAUAUCAAGGUUAUCAAUCCCAGAGACAUUGAAUCUGUUUCUGAAUUUUGCCGUGUACAUUUAAAUUUAGAUGUGAAAACAUUAGAAACAAUUUCAACAACCUUCAAAAAAGCAAAAAGAUUGAGGACCAUUCUUUCCUUCAGGGAUGAUCACUUUGGAAAACAAAAUUUAUUUUUCAACAAGGGUUUGCGGAUAAUUUGUUUGCUUGGUGGGGUUUAUCGGAAAUUCUACAGUUCAAGAAAUAUAGAUAGAGAUAUAUUCAUCCCCUCUUCCAUAUCCAAGUGUAUGCAUUUGAGGUACCUUGACCUGUCUGAUUGUAAUUUUGAUGGAGGACAUAAUUUAUCCAUCCAUCAACUUUACAAUCUGCAGACGUUAGUGCUGGAUGGUUGUAAAAAUGUUGAUACCAUUCUUAGAGGAAUUGGGUCUUUAAAAAAGUUAAGGCACCUUAAUCUCCGGGAUUCGGACGUGACAAAGCUACCUGAUUCUGUUGAUAUGCUUACGGAUUUGCAGACACUAGAUCUAAGUUACUGCCUUUGUUUACCUUCCUUACCUCUAAAUAUUGGGUCUUUGAAAAAUCUAAGGGAGUUGCAGCUUUGUGAGUGUAGAGCAUUAGAAAACUUACCUGAAGACCUUGGAGAAUUGACCCGAUUAAGAUGCCUUGAUUUAUCAUUUACUGAGAUCGAAGUAUUGCCUGAGUCAUGCAUUAGCAACCUUUGCAAUUUGGAGAUGCUGGUAUUUAUGGAGUACUUUGAGCUUCCCAAUGAAAUAAAGAAUUGGCCAAAGUUGAGAAUCCUCACACACUGUGGAGAGGAACAUUAUAAAGAGGAAAUAGAUGCUCGAAUGCCUAGAGGUAUGGAAUCUCUAACUUGCCUUGAAUCAUUACAUAUUAGUGUGGCGAAGAACAGUGAAGAUCCCAUCUCUUGUAGUCGUGGGAUUGAAGAGUUAUCCAGCUUAAAUUCUCUACAAGAGUUAUGGAUUUACAAUUUGGAGUAUGUGAGAAGUGGCGUUGAUGCGAAGAGAGCGAGGCUAAAAGAUAAGAUAAACCUCCGUGAUUUGUCUCUACAUUGGAGCUCCAUUUUGGACGACGGCGAUGAAAUAACAUUUGAUGAGGCGUUGGAGGGUCUCCAACCUCACCCUAGUUUGAUAGACUUGAGAAUAUAUGCUUGUCCAGGUUUAAAGCUUCCGAAAUGGAUGGGUUCUCCGAAUUGCUUUCCGAAUUUAGUAAAAAUAGAACUUGGGGGUUGUAACAGAUGUGAGAAGCUACCUGCGCUGGGUAUGCUCCCAUGUCUUCAGUUUCUUUAUAUUGCAUUGAUGAAGUCAGUGAAGUGUUUGGGUGAAGAAUUUUAUUACCAACAAGAAGUAAAAGAAGAAGAAAGAAUUAGCAGCAGCAGAAGUAAUGUCACUACAAUCUCAUUAUUCCCUUCGUUAAAUGAGUUGAAUAUUUAUUGCAUGGAAAAUCUAGAAGAUUGGGGUGCUCCACAGCUUCCAAUUUAUAAUUCAUUUCCUUCACUUGAGAAGCUAGUAAUCUUGGAGUGUCCUAAACUGAGAAGCACAACAAAUUCAUUUUCUUUUCUCAAGGCAUUGCGAUUUGAUGACACCAACGAUGAGGCAGUAAUCUCAAUCUUAGAUACCGGAAGACUUGCCUCUCUUACAUCCCUUUCUAUAACAAACUCUCCAGAGCUAACGCAUAUUUCACUGGGCUUGGUACUCCAAAAGUUAGCUCCGAAUCUUCAACGCUUCAAUAUCUUUUAUUGCCAUAGGUUUCGAGGUUUUCUUGAACAUGGUGCUCAAAACAACAACAGCAAUUCUCUCCGCUCAUUAGGGUUGUUUAGUUGUCCUGUUUUAAUCUUACUGCCGGAUUUGCGAUCAUGGACUUCUCUACAGAAAUUAACCAUCCUCGACUGCGGAAUAUUGGGGGAAUCAUUACCCUACGAUCUCAAGGAAUCUCUUACCUUUCUUGAAGAGCUGAAAGUUGAUUUCAUUCAAUGAGAAAACGAGCAUCUAAAAGAUCCAACUAAUUAAUUUGAUGGAGGUUCAGUAGAAGAAGUAGAAUUGUUUGCUGCAAUCAUCUCUUCCAACAGUCUAAUUCUAUUACUACCAACAGCUUUCAUGAGGAUUGGAUGAAGAUCUCAAGCACACAAGUAAUCCGUACACCAGGAGCUGAAGAAGAAAAGAGUUGCAGUCUUGCAGACCCUUCAAUUCUUAGUGAUGAUGAAAUGAUCUAUGAAGUUACUCUUUGGUUGGAGCUAAACAUAACAUUUGUUUCAAUGAAGCAGAGCUGAAAAACGUAGGUGGCAAUGGUGCAAGUAUGAAGAGAGGAAGCAAAAAGAAUUUCAGAGUUACAAAAGCAAAAUUUUCAUCAACUGUUGCAUCAUUUCAGAGUGCAGUUGAGGACAGCGACCAUAGUGAUUCUCUGGGGUUUGUUUCAGACUUCUUUUGCCUCUGCAAAUGAUUGGUGGUGGCUGUGGUGCCCACCUAGUUGGGAUGACAGCGACCAUAGUGAUUCUCAUGGGGCUGAAGUCUUUGUUUCUUUUUUCUGUAUCAUGUUUCCUUUCUGAAUUAAGAGUGUAUUGCAGAAGCAUUUGCCACAUUUCACAUUUCAAUAUGUAUAAACAACACAAAAUUCCACGCUGCU